AUGGCAUCGAAGCUUCAGAACAAGCUUAAAGAUUUAGUUACAUCACAUGAUAUCUGUGAGUCAUUAGGUAAAUGCCGUCCAAAAGCUCAAUCUCUUUCUCAAAAAGUCCCAAGAAAAGGAUCUGCUAGUAUUACACUCCACGAAUCACCAGAUAACUGCGAAUUCUGCCAAUCUCUAAUUGAAUACUUAACUGGUGAAGGUCUUCAUGAAAUUUCUGUGCCAAUAUUUACAAAAUUCCUUCAGAAAAUCUGCAUUGAUUUACAAUUUCUCGAAACAAUUUGCCAACAUCUCAACGAACACCAUGUACAGAAUCUUAUUCACCUUAUUAUUUCUCAUUAUGAUACAAGUGAGCUUUGCGAAAAGGCUGACUUCUGCCAAAGCUCUUGA